AUGUGUAACGAAUCUAUAAGCGAUGGUGUUGUUCCCAUUGGAGCUAAACAUAAUUCAAAUUUGGCAGAUGAAACUAACCUCCUCUUUGAUUCGUUGGAUGAAAGCAAUUUUAGAUAUCUUUAUUUGAUUAGUGCUAUAUUGCCAUGGUUUGGGUAUACGUACGCACGUAUUACUCGAACUAAACCAUAUAUCGCUAUGCUGUUCCAAACUGAUACCAAUACAAUUACAUUAGACUUUAAUGUAUUGCUUGAAUUUCCGCAUCAAUAUAAGAUUGGUUGA